AUGUCGGUUCUCCUCGAGACGACCGUUGGCGACAUUGUCAUCGACCUGCUCGUUGAGCACGCGCCCAAGCUCUGCGAAAACUUCCUUAAACUCUGCAAAACCAAGUACUACAACUUUGCCCCCGUCCACUCCGUCCAAAAGAACUUUUCCUUCCAGACUGGCGAUCCCCUCGGCCCCCUCUCGACAGCCUCCGAUGGCGGUUCCUCAAUAUGGGGUAACAUAUCCCGCGACCCCCGCGACCGCACCUUUUCCGCCUUAUUCCACCCGAAGCUCAAGCACCUCGAGCGCGGCACCGUCAGCAUGGCAACGGCCCCAUCCACGACGGACCCAGAUAUCCGCGUGGCCGGCUCCCAGUUCAUCAUCACCCUCGGCGAGGACACAGACUUUUUAGACGGCAAGGCCGCCAUCUUUGGCAAGGUCGUCGAGGGAUUUGAUGCUCUGGAAAAGAUCAAUAAUGCCAUUGUCGAUGACAAGGGCUACCCGCUGGUCGACAUUCGCAUAAAGCACACCGUCAUCCUCGACGAUCCGUACCCGGACCCCAAUGGUCUCCGCGAACCGAGCGCUAGCCCCCCACCAUCAGAUCAGCAGCUUAAGACGGUGCGAAUUGCUGACGAGGCCGCGCUGCACCAAGAUGAUGGCGUCGACGAAGAGACGCUCGAGCGCAAGAGACGCUCGCGCGAGGCAAAUGCGCAGGCGCUCACUCUGGAAAUGAUGGGUGACUUGCCGUUUGCAGAGGUCAGGCCACCAGAGAAUGUUCUCUUCGUAGCCAAGCUGAAUCCCGUGACGGCCGACGAGGACCUUGAGCUCAUCUUUGGACGCUUUGGCAAGAUUCUCAGCUGCGAAGUUAUCCGCGAUGCUAAAACACAAGACUCACUUCAAUAUGCCUUUAUCGAGUAUGACGAAAAAGCAUCCUGCGAAGCUGCUUACUUUAAAAUGCAGGGUGUCCUCAUUGAUGAUCGCCGCAUUCAUGUCGACUUUUCACAGAGUGUCAGCCGAAUCAGCGAUGUCUGGCGAAACAACGCCAACAACAAGCGUAGAGCCAAUGCAUCCCGCGGCGGAUGGGGCGGCGUGGACGAGCUCGAAAAACGCCGGCAGUACAGGAAGGAAGCCGAUAGACAGGCGGGUAGGAGCUACGGCAUGGUUUAUGACAAUGAGGAAAUGCGCGGCCGUCACGAGCGCGUGGGAGCUGAAGCAGGGCGUCGUCCGGGCGGGGAGGAGGCCGACGAAGCACGUCGGAGUGAGCCCAGGGCAGGCCGAGACCGGGACAUGGACUACCGUCGAACAAGCAGAAGUCGAAGCCCGCGCAGGCAAGACCGUAGCCCAGACGGCCGACCCCGAGAUCGGGCCAGUGGACGCGACGGCAAUGGGCGUAGGAGAGACGAAGACGGCAGAGACUACAACGGCCGGGAUCGGGACCAGGAUAGACGUCGAGACGACGACCGCAGAGGCUACCAGGGCCGGGAUCGGGACCAGGAUAGACGUCGAGACGAUAAACGUCGAGACGAUAGACGGCGGUAG